AUGGACCCAGCGCUCGAUGCGUACGCCAUUUUGGACGUACGCAAAGACGCAGACACAGACGAGAUUCACGACAGCGAAGACGCGAUGCGGCAGCUCAAUGUUGCGUACGAAACACUGCGCAACCCUGUUGCGCGCGCAGCAUAUACAGAGAAGCGUUCCAAAUACCUGCAACAACAGAAGCCCGACCAACGAGCGCCUCGUGUUGCGGAUGUUGUCGACCUCGAUGCGAUGGAUGCCGUCCAAAAAGACGCCCAAAUUCAAUUUGUAUACCCAUGUCGGUGCGGCCAGCAAUAUACCUUGCACACCGAGGACGCUGCGAGAGGGGUCGAGUAUGUGGCAUGCACAGGGUGCUCGGAAGUAAUACGGAUCAACUACACAGAAGGCUAG